GAACCUGACUCAAAGCCUGGUGCAGGCAACAGGCUUAAAGAGAUGCUGGUGCCAAGCAAGCCUGGGAAGCGCCCCAGUCCUCGAGAGUCAUCAAAGCCAUGCAAACUACAAGGGUGCCGCCCCACCCCGCUGCAGCCAAAUCAGCCGAUCAUUUUGUUUGUCUGACGUGAUGUCGUCCACAGUGGACAGCGGGGAUCCAGUCCCGGGAAAACAAAAUGAAGAAAAAACCUACAAAAAGACUGCGUCCUCCGCUAUCAAAGGUGCUAUUCAGCUGGGCAUCGGUUACACCGUGGGCAUCCUCACCUCCAAGCCGGACCGAGAUGUUCUCAUGCAAGACUUCUACGUGGUGGAAAGUGUGUUCCUGCCCAGCGAAGGGAGCAACCUGACGCCCGCUCACCACUACCCUGACUUCCGGUUUAAGACGUACGCCCCGCUGGCCUUCCGGUACUUCCGAGAGCUCUUCGGGAUCAAGCCUGAUGAUUACUUGUACUCCAUCUGCAGUGAGCCCCUCAUUGAGCUGUCGAACCCCGGGGCCAGCGGGUCCCUGUUCUUCGUGACCAGUGACGACGAAUUCAUCAUCAAGACCCUUCAGCACAAGGAAGCCGAGUUCCUGCAGAAACUGUUGCCUGGGUACUACAUGAAUCUGAACCAGAACCCACGGACCCUGUUGCCCAAGUUCUACGGGCUCUACUGCAUGCACUCGGGCGGCACCAACAUCAGGAUCGUGGUCAUGAACAACGUCUUGCCCCGCGCCAUGAAGAUGCACUUCACCUACGACCUGAAGGGCUCCACCUACAAGCGGAGGGCCUCCCGCAAGGAGCGGGAGAAGGCCAGCCCCACCUUCAAGGACCUGGAUUUCCUGCAAGACAUGCAGGAGGGGCUGUACUUUGACACCGAGACGUAUAACGCCCUGAUGAAGACGCUUCAGAGAGACUGCCGGGUGCUGGAGAGCUUCAAGAUCAUGGACUACAGCCUCCUGCUGGGCAUCCACGUGCUGGAUCACUCCCCCAAGGACAAAGAGGAGGAUACCUCGCUAAACAUGCAGGACGCCAAGCGGCCAGCCACACAGAAGGUCCUGUACUCCACGGCCAUGGAGUCGAUCCAGGGCUCGGGGACGUCAGGGGACGCGGUCAUCCCAGAGAGCCCAGACACGAUGGGGGGCAUCCCAGCCAAGAGCCACCGAGGAGAGAAGCUGCUGCUGUUUAUGGGCAUCAUUGACGUCCUGCAAUCCUACAGGUUGAUGAAGAAGCUGGAGCACUCCUGGAAAGCACUGGUCUAUGACGGGGACGCCGUCUCAGUCCACAGACCAAGUUUCUACGCAGACAGGUUCCUGAAGUUUAUGAAUUCCAGAGUUUUCAAGAAAAUCCAAGCUGUGAAGGCCUCCCCGUCCAAGAAACGGUGCAACUCCAUCGCCGCCCUGAAGGCAGCCUCCCAGGAGAUCGUGUCCUCCUUCAGCCAGGAGUGGAAGGACAGGAGGCGGGACCUACUGAGCGAAGGGCAGAGCUUCAGCAGCCUCGAUGAAGAAGCCCUAGGCUCCCGGCGCCGCCCCGACCUGGUCCCCAGCACCCCGUCGCUGUUCGAAGCGUCCUCCUUGGCGACGACCAUCUCCUCCUCCUCCUUGUACGUCAAUGAGCAUUUUCCACAGGAAAGGACAGUGCUGUCCACCAGCAGCAAAGGGUUACCUUCCAGCUCGACGUUCACCUUGGAAGAGGGCACCAUCUACCUGACCCCCGAGCCAGACGCUCCGGAUGCUCAGGACGACAACACCUCGGUGUUCGACGUCUACUUGGUAAGUCGCUGGCCACGUCCUCUCCUAGUGGGCCAUAAAUGGACGGGCCACAGCGGUGUCCAACCACGUCAGAGCGGGAUGGCAGCCUGCUACAUCUUCAUGAGUCCACAUUCCGGUGUCCUCUCUCUGAUCGAGAGCAAGUCCAUUCUCCUCCCUGGUCAGUGGUCAGCAGCUUCGUCCACAUGGGGACCCUGCAAAUGGAUCUGGGGCUUUCACAGACAAGCGGCCUCUCCCUAUAGCUCACUGCAUCAGAGAACAGCUAGACAAGGGCUCUGAAGAUGUCCCAAAGGG